UACAAAAAUGAGAAGCAUUCUGUAACUUAAAAGAAAAAUAAGAAAUGGGAAGCACGUAACAUAUUAUGGACGUGAAAAAGUCGAAAACCGCGUUUGGCUUUCUCCUCUAUAUAAAGCAUGUUGCCUCUAAUCUUUCCCCUUCCCUUUCUUCUGCCUAACUGCCUUGUUUGGCUCUCACCAUUUGUCAUCUGCGUUUUCAUUAGCUUGCAUCAGGUUCUAGAGGAGUGAGUAAAAUCAGCGACUCAUCAACUUAAAAUGGAGAUUGAGUACCCCAAAUAUGACACUCUUUUAUUUGAUCUUGAUGAUACCCUUUAUCCAUUGAGCUCUGGGAUUGCUAGAGAAUGUGGACAGAACAUCAAAGAUUACAUGGUGGAGAAACUUGGAAUCGACAAGAGUAAGAUCUUAGAGUUGUCUAAUUCACUUUACAAGAAUUAUGGAACUACCAUGGCCGGUCUCCGAGCCAUAGGUUAUGACUUCGACUAUGACGAGUAUCACAGUUACGUGCACGGGAGGCUACCUUAUGAUAACAUCAAACCAGAUCCCAUUUUAAGAACUCUUUUACUUAGCCUUCCUCUUCGCAAGAUCAUAUUCACGAACGCUGAUAAGUUACACGCAGCUAGAGCCCUGGAGAGGCUAGGGCUCGAGGACUGUUUCGAAGGAAUAGUUUGUUUUGAAUCAUUGAACUCUACCAACCGCGAUAACAUUCAUGGCAACGAUGAGAUCUUCGACAUCAUCACAUACUUAUCGUCUGAUCAUGAACAUCCACUCUCCGGUUUGCCUAAAACACCAAUUGUCUGCAAACCGUCUGAAACCGCCAUAGUAAAGGCUAUUGAAAUCGCCAACAUUGACCCUAAAAGAACCUUGUUCUUCGAAGACAGUGUUCGAAACAUUCAAGCCGGUAAACGCGUCGGUCUAAGUACCGUUCUGGUGGGGACUUCGCAGAGAGUGAAGUUUGCAGAUUAUGCGGUAGAGAACAUUCAUAACCUGAAAGAGGCUUUGCCUGAGCUCUGGGAAUCUGAGGCUAAGCCUAAUAAAGUUAGGUACUCCGGGAAGCUUGCCGUUGAAACUCCGGUUAUAGCGUAAUCGACACGCAUUUCCUUAUUUGGAAGAUUCCGGCAGAGAAUUGAUUGUUAUAGUUUCUCUUUUGUAAUAAUCUCUGCUUUUUUUUAUUUUGUAAAUAGCAUCUGCCUCUUAUUAUUAUUAUUAUUAUUAUUA